UAAACUGUCUGCUUUAUCAUCUUUUUUUUUUAAAACAGCAGCCUUAACAGGACGGAGAGUGUGAGAAAGAAGAGCACAAAGAAGAGGAGAGAGAGAGAGAAAGACAAAGAGACUGUUUUUGUGCGUUACCCAUUCGAGGAAUCAAAGCAUCUUUUCUCGAGCUCUCACAAAGGAGAAGAAGACAAGAAGAAGAUAAGGCUGAAAUUAGGGUUUCAUCUCUCUCUUAGAUAAGUGCUGUCCAUCUUGGGAGAUUAAGUAGCCUGAACCUGGAGAUAAGAUCUUGGUGCAUCUUCUCAUAAGAGUGAGUGUUUGGAGAUUUUUAUGGCUACGAGAACUCUUGUAGUUUGAAGAGAGACUCCCACAAGCUGUGAACCGGGUCAUGAAUGCGUGGCUAGGGACAUGCUCGAACCAAGGGGAGCGGACAUACCUUUAUUGUUCUUGGUUUUGGUUGUGUUUCCUGUGGUAGCUUACAUAUUAUUAGGUAAAUGGAGUGAUAUUUCUAAAAAGAGAGGGAGGGCUAACUUGCUGGCUCAGAUGGCAGCUGAAGAAGCUUUUAGAGCUGAGACCGAAGUUAAUGUGAAUAGGGGUGUAAGAUUUGAGGCUGCGGCUACAGAGAAUAGAGGUCUAAGAACCAAGACCAAGGCCGCCGUUUCUGCUGCGAGUGGUGCUGUAAGAGAUGAUUUUGUGUCUGGUGUGAGUGGGACUGUCGCUGAGCAGAGAUAUGAGUCUGUGGCUGCUACGUGUGGGGUCCCUGUUAGUAAUGAGUUUCAUGUAUGUGCAAGGUGUUUUAGUCCUGCUAAGACACGCUGCUCGAGAUGCAAAUCUGUUAGAUACUGCUCUGGGCAGUGCCAAAUAAUUCACUGGAGGCUAGCUCAUAAAGAUGAAUGUAUCCCUGUGGAGGCUUGCUCUUCUUCAUCUGAGAGGGCUUCCUUUGAGAAUGAGUCUGUUUUGCAUGACCAAGACAUGGAUGCUACAAUGUAUAGUAACGGUACCAAGCAGAAAGCGAAGGGAAAGACUUCAAAAAUCUCUGUAGAAUUUGAAAGCUUGGGUAUCUCUACACCACAAGCCAACACACAAGGGAGAAAAAGCGUAGGAAAACCAAAUUCUUCUAAGUCCAACCGAGAAUCAUUUAGUGGUGAAGCUGCAUGUGCUGGGGGCGAUAACAAGAAGGGUCACACUAAACAUAAGUUGAGAAGCAACAGCGCUGCCGUGGAAACAAAUUCUAGAAGGCAUUCUGUUGAUAACUCUUCUAUGCAAAUGAAUGGACAAGCUUUUGUAAGUGGUAUGCAAGAAACUUGUGAAAGCAAUUUGGGAGCAAGAAGCUCUUUUGGUUGUCCAAACGCACAAUAUCCUUCAAACGGGACCAGAACUGCUACUCUGCGCAAAUCCGGAGAACAACCAUGCACAGAGACGAGUAAGAAGGGACUGGUCCCUGCAGUAUCAAAGACUGUUAGGUCUAAGGAUACAUGCAUUGCUGAAGAAAGCAAUGGUAUCUCCUCAACCAUGGGUUUAAUGAAAAUGAUGGGUUUAAGAAACUCUACAAAGCAUGGUGAUCGACAUCAAAACCUGAGAAUGCUUUUUCCAUAUGAGGAGUUUGUUAAGUUCUUUCAAUGUGAGGUGUUUUACUUAUCACCUAGGGGCCUAGUGAAUUGUGGAAACAGUUGCUAUGCAAACGCUGUCUUGCAGUCCUUAACAUGCACAAAGCCACUCGUUGCAUAUUUGCUUCAACGAUCACAUUCAAGAUCUUGUUCUGGGAAAGAUUGGUGCCUUAUGUGUGAACUUGAGCAACAUGUAAUGAUGCUUAGAGAAUCUGGAGGUCCACUUUCUGCUAGCAGAAUUCUCUCACAGAUGCGGAGUAUAAAUUGUCAGAUUGGUGAUGGGAGUCAAGAAGAUGCUCAUGAGUUCUUAAGGCUUUUAGUUGCCUCUAUGCAAUCAAUAUGUUUGGAGAGACUUGGAGGUGAGACUAAAGUGGAUACAAGACUGCAAGAAACAACCUUAGUUCAACAUAUGUUUGGUGGACGUCUCCGCUCAAAGGUGAAAUGCUUGAGGUGUGGUCAUGAAUCAGAAAGAUACGAAAACAUAAUGGAUCUCACACUAGAGAUAUACGGAUGGGUAGAAUCUCUUCAAGAUGCUCUGACUCAGUUUACUAGACCAGAAGAUCUCGAUGGAGAAAAUAUGUAUAGAUGCAGCAGGUGCGCUGGAUAUGUUAAAGCAAGAAAAGAAUUGAGCAUUCAUGAAGCACCAAACAUUCUCACAAUUGUUCUUAAGAGAUUCCAGGAAGGAAGAUACGGGAAAAUAAACAAAUGUAUAAGCUUUCCUGAAAUGCUGGAUAUGAUACCUUUUAUGACAAGAACCGGAGAUGUUCCUCCACUUUAUAUGCUUUAUGCUGUUAUAGUUCACCUGGAUACUCUCAACGCAUCUUUCUCUGGUCAUUACAUUUCCUAUGUCAAAGAUUUGAGAGGCAACUGGUUCAGAAUAGAUGAUUCCGAGAUUCAUCAAGUGCCAAUGACUCAAGUUAUGUCAGAAGGAGCUUAUAUGUUGUUCUACAUGAGAUCGUAUCCGCGUCCUCUAAGAGGAGAACACAACGGAAAAGCUCAGGUUCGGCAUUCACAGUCACAACCAAGAGACGAGAUGAAGGAACAGAGGAAACCAGUUAACCGCUUCAAACCGAGAGCGGACCACCACAAGAACUUUGAGUCAUCAAGCGAGUGGUCUCUCUUCACGAGCUCAGACGAAGCUUCAUUCACCACAGAAUCAACCAGGGACUCUUUCAGCACCGUGGACUACACAGAUGGGUGCAACGUCUUAGACUCUUCCUCUCCUUUCUCCAUCUUCAACAACUUACGCCACAACGUGGAGCCGUCGCCGCACAACACCGUCGCCUGCAGAAUGUUCUCAGGUACCAAGUCAGAAACCCGGUAUUUCGUGGAGGAAGAAACGAAUCACAACAACACGGUCGUGAUGGACUCAGCACCAACAUCCCAUGACUAUUACCAGCAGAGUAUGUAUGUAAACUAUGAGACUAACCCAGGGUUUAACUGUCAGGAUCAAACUUACAGUUAUGAACAAAACUGGUAGUAGUAGUAGUAGUAGAAGAGAGUAGAGAGGAUUCUGUUCUGAACCUCCCAUGAUUUUUAAAUAUGUUUAGAUCUCUCUUAGGGAUACUUAACUCGAGUGCCCUAAUCCUUUUUUUUUUGUCUUUAUGAUAUAUCUAUAUUUGGUUCAGGGCAAAUGUUCAGUCUCAUUUUACCAUAUUUUUCCUGUUUCUGUA